AUGCUUGAGAUAAACCUUCGAUUACAACGACUGGAGACAUACCUCAUUCCAAAAAUGACAGAUACUUUGCAAUCUCACGAGCGUCCAACAACCGUUUCUGCACGUUGCAGCUCUUCCAACGAUAACGAGCAAAGACAAAGUAUCAAGACAUGGGACAAAUUGGAGGCCAUUGCUGCAACUCCGGGGUUUUAUGACUCUGAAAUUGAGGCCCAACUCUCAGAAUCGAGUGCAAGCCAAGAUGAUGCCUUGAAUGCGCUCGGUGACCCGUCAAAGCAAAUCCUUACACCUCACAACAUUCCCAAUGCCGAGACCCCCUGUAGUAAAUGUGGAGAAGAAACUAAGAAAACUGCAGAGCUAAUCCAAAAACUUCCAGGCAUACAACUUGCUUGGAUGUUGUUCGACUAUUACGCUCGAAUGGUCAAUAACUUCCAUCACGAAAUUGACAUAAGCUUCUCACGAUCUCUAUUGGAGACAACAUACACCAAGUUACACCACCCUGAGAAGAACUCAAAAAAAGAUCUGGAUUUUCUUUUUUGCAUAUUCUCAUCAAGCUGUUUCUAUAUCAUUCGGAAUAAUCCCAAUUCCCUUCCGAGGGAGCUUAUGGAGGCACGGUCCUCGUACAACUCCUGGAAAGAAAUAGCCUUAGAUCUGGUCCUUAUAGGAGAUGCAAUGCUUUCCUUGUCUCUCAUUUUAUUACAGUCCGUUUGCAUUAUGUUUGGCCUCAUCUGGGACUCAGAAGGUCAAUCGCCUGUAUUCAUUCUCCUGAGGAGCGUUGCCACAACAAAGGCAAUACAGAUGAAACUUCACAGAGUAGAUUCGCAUUCAGACACUGAACUAGGAGCUCGUUCCACUAUCGAAUUAGACAUCAAAAGGCGCUUGUGGUGGCACUUAGCAUCGACGGACUGGAUUGUCGGUAGCCUGCCUGGCCCAUAUGAAGGGAUAUAUGCCAUUAAUCCGCAGCACAUUUCAGUGGAAUACCCGACGGACGUGGACAGUGAAAAUGCAAAGGACUUAGAUUCACGAAUUGAAGAAUCAAAUAGCCCGACGUCAAUGUCUUUUUUCAUACAACGAGCCAAGUUUGCUGGGAUCUGUCGGGAGGUUAUGGAUUUAACUCAAAAUUCGAGGUUCAUGAGAAAUGUACCUGAAUAUGAACAUAUCCUUCAAUUGAGUGAAAAAUUCGAAUCCUUCAACACCCAACUACCGUGGUUCUUCCAAUUUGACGCUGGAAAAGGACGAGAAGCUGAUCUACUUACGGAUCGGUAUCCGUAUAUCGCUCGACAGAGAUCAGCAUUACUCUAUGCAUUGUACGCUAGGCUUGGUCGACUGCAUCGACCAUACUUUCUACGAGGGUUACACAAUGAGGAAUAUUCCUUUUCCCGCAAGACGGCAGUCAGUUGUGCUCAGAAAUUGCUCGAACUGCACGCAACGAGUGAGUCGGAAGGACUUUUCCCAUAUGUUCACUCGUACAGCAUGGACCAGCAUUUGUUUAGCGUGUUGCUUAUACAAGUGAUCGAUGUCAUGGCCGAGCAGGAUGAGGUAAGGGCCCAAAUCCGUAUGGAAGGAAACUUUCAAGACAUGUACAAAACUUGA